AACACACUGGUUAACGUUUGACCAGGCAGGAUGAAGUAGCUCGAGUCCCUGAGAAGCCUGAGGAGUUGCUCGAUCUCCGCAGUCAGACUGCGAUCAUGACACCCAUGGUGCAUCUGUUGUUGCUCCCACUCCUGUUCAGCAUUACCUGUGGGAAGGACCUGGAGGAGAAAAAGGGCCCGUUUCAGAACGCGUUUCUGAACGUUCCAGAAGCGACACCGGUGCCAUAUCCCAUCCAUCAGUUUCAGGUGACGCACCCAGACGUGGAUAACUUCAGGCUGAGCGGAGAAGGCGAGGGAGACAUUAGGAUUUCAAAGGAUGGGUGGCUGUACCUGGAGAACCCACUCAAAUGGUCCCAAGACAACAAUUACGUCAUCAAGGUGGAGGCACUAACAGGCGAGGAAGUGGUGGAAGGCCCCAUUUAUGUGACCAUCAACGUGCUGGACGUCAACAACAACGCGCCGCACUUCAACCAGAGCGACUACACAGCUGCAGUCCGAGAAAACAGCCCGGCAGGCGUCCCAUUCACCCGCGUGUUUGCGCUGGACGAGGACGACCCCGAGUCGCCCAACGCUCGGCUCAGCUACAGCCUGGUCAGCCAGAUCCCCAACAAGCACGGCGUCCUCCUCUUCCAGGUCGACCCGGUCACCGGCGAGGUCUCCACCACAGAAGAAGGGCAGCGGAGGCUGAAGGCCAGAGAGGCCAUUCAGUACAGCAGCGGAGAGGAUCCCACCGUUGAGACGCUGAGGAGGAAGUUCAGCGACUACUGCCCGGGCCACGCCGUGCCCUAUGAGGCCAACCCCUUCUUCACCUGCGUGGAGAGAGCAGAGAAGAGGAGGUGGGACGCGAACCCCCUGGAGGACCCCGACUACACCCUGCUGCUGCGCGUGCAGGACCUGGGGGGGGCGUCGCCCACGGCGCUGAGCGGAAACGCCAAGGUUCACGUGGUGGUGCAGCAGAAUCUGUGGGUCAACCCUGGACCCAUGACCAUCGCAGAGCACUGGAAACAAACGUACCCCGUGGUCAUCGCCAAGGUCCAGUCCAAUGAGCCCGGCGCCUUCUACAGUUUAGUGCAGAAGGAGCGCGAGAUGCGGUUCCCCUUCCAGAUUAGAGAAAACGGAGAAAUCCUGCUGACGGAGGAGCUGGACAGAGAAGUCAAGAGUCAGUACAUCCUGGUGGUUUUGGCGAGGGAUGAAAUGGACAACGAGGUGGAGCCUCCCAUGGAGAUCCAGGUCGUGGUGAAGGACAUCAACGACAGAGCACCCGCGUGUGAAAAUGAGGAGAGUGUGUUUGAGGUGCAGGAGGACGAGCCUAUAGGCAGCAUGGUGGACCGGCUACAGGCCCACGACGACGACGAGCCACACACCCUGAACUCCCAGCUGACUUACACCAUCGUGUCCCAGGAGCCGCCCGGCUCAGCCAGAGCCUUCUCCAUCGACGGCUCGCUGGGAACCAUCCAGACGCUGCAGAUGCUGCAGCGACGACGGCAGCAGGUCUACAAGCUCCACGUCAGAGUCAGCGACCCAGAUUUCAGCACAGAAUGUAAGGUCACCAUCAAGGUCAUCGACGUCAACAACGAGCUGCCCGUGUUCGAGACGACCCACUACGACAACGCCACCCUCGCAGAGGACACGGCGGUCGGACACACGGUUCUGGUCCUCAGAGCCACCGACGCUGACGAUCCAGACAGCGGCAGCUCCCGCAUCCAGUUCCACAUCACCGCCGGCAACGAGGGGGAUGUUUUCACUGUGGAAACAGACGGGAGCGGCGUCGGCUACCUGGUUGUAGCUCAGCCUCUGGACUUCGAGUCCUCUGCCACCUACAAACUCCAGAUUGAUGCUCGUAACCCAGAGCCCUUGAAGAAAGGUCUGGAGUACGGCGCUGAGUCCACAGCCUUCGUCCUUGUGUCUCUCACUGACGUAGAUGAGAAUCCAGAGUUCAGCCUGGACGUCCUGCACGUGACCGUACCUGAAAACACCACCAGAGGAUCGGUGCUGGUCAAAGUGGAGGCCAAGGACCCAGAGGGCAAAGAGAUCAGCUUUAAGCUGGAUGGUGACACGCAGGGCUGGCUGGAGAUCGACGCUGCUACAGGAGAGAUCAAAACCAAAGCCAAUCUGGACAGAGAGACGCUGGAGAGUUUCGAAGUCACUGUCACUGCCUUUGAGAAGGAGAACCCAGACAGGUUUGCAGACAGCGUUGUGUAUGUGAGGCUGCUGGACGUGAACGACAACUACCCCAAGCUGACGGCGACCCAGGCCUUCAUUUGCGUGAAGAAGCCCGAGCCCGUGGUCCUCCAGGCCCACGACACAGACUCCGCCCCCUUUUCCCACCCCUUCACCUUCGCCUUCGCCCACGGCAAGAAGUCUCCCAACUGGGACCUGCGCCGCGUCGACGAUACAUCGGCGAAGCUGACCCUGAAGAAGGCGCCGACCGAAGAUAAAACCUUCAUACUGCCCAUCACCAUCAAGGACAACGCGGGCAUGGGAAUCACGCACGCCUUCGAGGUCAAAGUGUGUGACUGCACUGAGCUGGGCUACUGCUACAUCCAGCCGGGCGAGCGCGGCUCCACGCUGGGCAUCGGGGCCACGGUGGGCAUCCUGGUGGGCACCCUGGCCUUCUGCGUCAUUGCCUUCAUCGUUGUGAUCAAACGCGUAAAUAAAGGGAACAAGAAGGGGAACGCCCUGAGUGAGGAGGAAGACAGGAACAUGAUGUAGACCACUACCUACAUGUAUAUAUGCUCAUCAGGACCAUCGGUGAUGAAGUGCACACUAAACCAAACCUUUAGUCUAAACUCAGCCUAAUUUAAUAAUCACUCCUAAAAAGCCUUAAUCGAAUUUAAGGUUUAUUUUUAAACAUCUAAUGCAAAUGAAAUAACCCUCUAACAGAGAUGAGGUUUGGGAAAAUGCACUUACUUUCAAAUAUAUUGCAGUUUUCUAUGUCUAAAACUUGAAUUAGUCCUCACAUAGACACUCACACGCACACAAACACACAUUUGUUUUAGCUUAUUAUAUUUUAUUUACAACAGAGAUUUGAGCUUGACUGUGGAUGUUAUUUAAUUAGUCAGGAGGUUCCAUGUUAAUCGUGAUUUAAUGCAGCCCGUCCACUUAAUUUAUUUAAAUGCCUCUCCCAGACUCGUGUUGCUUCAUUAACAGUUUCAUCAUCUCUCAUAAUUUAAUUGGUUCCUAAUCCAGAGAUUGUUUUGUACCCAAAACUUUUUUACCUAUUGAUCAACAGCUGGAACCCUCUUUUUAACAUAUCAAUGAUGACAACAAUAACCGCUGCUCUUUGUCUCAGCCACAUGCUCCGUUUCUCAAUAAACAAAGAAGCUGGGGACCACUUUUGUUUUGACUUGGCUGUGUGGGUGUGUGCGGAUGUGUGACGCUGCAGGUGAUUGUCAUGACAUGGGAAUAAACACCGGGCUCAACAUGG